UGUGUGUCUGUCUGUGUGUUGCUGUUUUCAAUUGUAGAUAAUUGCCUCCUUCUCUUCCUCUUUUCUGUCUCUCUUUCUCUCUCACUGUCUCUCGAAUAGACUACAAACACGUUUGAACUACAGAAACCCCCUCUCCUUUGUGUUACGGUUUAUGCGAUUGAUAAAUCGUUGACGGCACCACCCGCCGCUGUACAUAGUAAUCACGGCAUGCACGCACAAACACACAAUCGCAGCACACAUACACACGCGUACAUAGACUUUGAGGAAAGCAACAUUUUAAGUUAGAACCAUCAUUAUUACACGCUUGUGUCUCGCUCCUGUUGUUGGACUUUUUAGUAUGUUGCUCAUUUGUGUUCGUAUCCAACCACUAGACCAACAGGUGCAGAGCGCGCGAGCUUGUACAGGGCGAAGACGAUUUGAAUUUACUAUUUAUAGCAAUAUUAGUUGUUCUGCCACUGGUGCGCGAGGAGGAGGAGUAGGAGGAGGAGGGGAUGCAAACAGAUAACUCGGAUUAAACAGAAUAGGCAGAAUCGCAAUGUCUAGCGCCAAAGUAUUCGUAUGUUUUAUAGCCAAGCCAAGAGAAACAAACAAACAUGAGCUCCCACACGAGCCCGGAAUCGCUGUGCACCUAUAGCGCACGUCCCUCUAGCAGGCCCGAAAAGGCUACGCAUCCCUUAGUAUCACCCCCACCGAUGACUCGAUGUUUGAGGGAUGUGGACGUCUCUCGUCUACCGCUACUUUGCCCCCCUUUUAUGUUUCCAAUGGAUGGCUCAAAGGCAAGGUGCCAACAAGGUGGUUUAGCAAAAAAAAAAGUGUACUCAUCACCACCACCACCCAACACCAUCAAAAUCACUACUAGCAGAGCAGUACUUACUCACACGGAAACUCUCGAUGUUCGAAUAAUGAAAGAGACGCGCGGCGCAUCCCAUUUUAAGAAGCAACCUUCAUACUCGUGUACUAAUUAAUUAAAAACAAACAAAACAAAAAAAAACAAAACAAAAGACGUAAAAAAAACUAUUAACUACUAGAGUCUAUUUGUGGCCAGCUACUCCUCCCCCAUCUCCUCUCUCCCUUCCUUCCUCUCUCUUCUUCUAGGUCUUUCGUAGUGUGAGGAUGAUGCGAUAUGAUCAUGAUCCGCUGGGAAGCGAACGAAGCAAACAAAUGUUACUCAACCCUUUUAUCGCACGCACCUCAUACACAUAAAAUGCAGACGCACAGGAAUAGCACACCCACACGAAAACUCAACUCGUCUCUUAGGCACAAGGCAGUUUUUAAGUAGAAGCAGUAGAGAAAAAAAGAGGUCAUUGAAGAAAAAGGUCAUUUAGUCCGUAUGAUCCCCGCGUGCGUAUGAUAAGCAAAUAGUGUGAGAGGCACUGCUCUUACUCUUUACUUCUAGUUACCUACUGCUAGGGAGAAGGUGGGUGGACAGACGGAAGCGCACACAGAUAGCAACAACACACACGCGCCGCAUGCACACACAACUAUACACCCGAGGUGGAAUAUGGUUCAUUGAAAACCACCCGAAGGACAAGUGAAAGCAAUCAUUUUAUGGGGCUGUUUUUAGCUUUAAUCAAGAGCAAUCAGCAGGACAUUUUGCUGCUGUUGCUGUUCAUGUGGCGCCUAGGUGUGUGUGCUGGUGGUAACUUGCACAACCCACAGGACCCACACAGAGCUGAUGAGGCCGCUCAGUCCACCAUUAACGACAAGUAUUGUGUUCAACGGGCGCAGCAAGCCAUGUCAAUCGUUCUCCUCGAGAGCGGAUGCGCGUGGUGCGCUUGCUAGUAAGUUAUACACCCUUAUCUGCUUCUUUCGUACAGUUUUAGCUUUUAUCAGUCGCGUUUAAGGGAUCCCUUGAAUAGCUUGUUUUAGUUAGGUUUUUUAAAAACGGGGAAUAAAAAAAGAAAACGAGCUCGGGCUCACAAAACUCACUGGACGAUGGACGAAUGGGGAGACCAUACGGUGGAUGGCCGACAAAGCGUGCUAGUAUGCGAAAGCUUGGGUUCCCCGUCACCACCGCCGAAUCCCUUUUUAAUGCGUUACAUAUGCUCCUUGUGAUUGAAAUAUGCUUAGAUACCCUCCCCCGUUUAUUAGGCUAGAUUGCUGGUGUUCCAGGUUGCCCAGAAGGAGGAGAGAAAGCCAAAUAGCAGUAGUAGCAGCAGCAAAAAAAAAAUGUAGCGUUGUCCUAGCCAAAAAUUCAAGAACAAAUAGAGAACAAAUUGAGCCACUAACGGGCCAACGACGAUGGAGAGAGACACACAUGAGAGAGGGUGGUGGGUGUUCACAUUGCGAUGCGGUCACCUUGUACAUAUAGUAGGAGAAAAAAUUAGGCUAGCAACCUGUUCUUGUGUGUGUCAGAGAGAUAAAAAGCGAUAAGCUAACGUAGGAGGAGCUACUGUGCCACAGGAUUAUCUCAUUUUCUUUUCCGUGGUGCGCGCGCGCGUGUGUAUGGUGUGUGUUUGACUCCUUCGUGAAGAAAGAUAAGAAAAAAAAACCUAACCUAAGUACAAGAGUGAAUUAGUAACUAGAGAGGAGGUGGGAAAAGGUGGAAAUUUGGUGUGGUACACGGUACUGAAGCACAAGCAGGAAAAAGAGAAGGGAACGGAAUGGAAACGGAAGCGAAAGGCAUUCAUCAGGCCCUACACUCAUGACCACUCUCGCCCCCUGUACCCCCCCCCCCCCCCUCUCUUUCUCCAAACAACCAUCACCCUUUGGAAAGCUCUUGGAAGAUUGUAAAGGAUGCGGCGCCACACGCCGUUGAUUCGACAUGAGAAACUCAUAUUUCAAGCAUAACGAACGAGGGGGCGCAUCAAACAAGUAUAUAAAUAUAUAAAUAUUAU